GGUAAUUUCCUGUGCUUUGCUGCUCAGCGUUUGAGGUCAAGCGAUUUCCUUUUUGGUAUGUCUCACUUGAUGUUCCUCAAACUGAAGUGACAAAUUCGCACAGUUCCCAGCUAAGACAUCUUCGAUCAUGUCAUGCAUGUUUAACAGCCAUUUUACAUGAUGGGUGAGUAUCAGCUGUGAACGAGUAUGGAGAGACGACCGCGUGACGAGACGGUAGAGGGCUCUCGAUCACAGCAGUCGGCGUUAACAGCGACCCUGAAGAACUUCACCAUUCCCAGGAAGAAACGCACCUCUGGAGAAGUCCUUCUGGAACGUUGUUCAGAGGAGAGCCGCGAUUACAGUCUCAUUCAGACCAAACUGAGAGACUCCAACCUGGACUCGAGGAAGGACCGAGCAAACGCAUGGAUCUGGAGAGAUGUUUGUUUAGUGCACAAUGAAGAGCUCUUUAAAAAGUUCUCUGAAAAAAGGGCAGAGAUGCGUGCCAGAGGAAGACACGGGAGAGAAAUGGAGGAAAGUUUCUGUUUUUUAGCGGCAUCGGAUCAAAUGGCGGCCCAGAUUUAUCAGCAUGGCCUGCGGGUUGGCAACACAGUCCAGCAUGCCUUGGGAAAGCCAUCACAUGGUGUUUAUCUGUUUAAGCAUGUCGACGUGGCAUUAAAGUCAACUACCAGCACAUUAAGUGCAAAAAAAUUGUUAAUUUUCAAGGUUCUUUAUGGAAAGGUGAAAAAAAUUGCUCCAAGCUUGGACUGGAACAAAACGCAGGAUCCCACAGUGAGCUUUGACUGUCACAUGUGUAAAGAUGCAGCGUCCCAUCGAGACACUCUUCACCAGCAAGUACUCGGCUCCGCUGUCUUUCUAUUUGACUAUAAUGAAAAGCAGGAGCUCAGUGAAAGACCCAGGCAGUGUUUGCCGUAUGCCGUAGUUUCAUUUGUUCCUGCCAGCAGUGCCAUUCUGACUGUUCCUGCAAACCUACAACUCUCUCCUUCAACGCUACCUGUCGGCCAAGUGCAUGAUCGUUUCAAAGCCUGUACUGUGGCUGAGAGAAGACGAAAAGGAAACACAGCCACCAUUACAUUCAAACAUUUUGGCACGCCGGGCUGCUUUGAGACGGAUUAUACACCUCAAAAUCCAGCUCCAUUUCAAAAGACGGAUAUGCAAAACACUCAGUCACUCAAGCCGAAGCAGUGCCAGACUCCUGCCAGCGAGGACAGCAGUUCAGUGCCAGUUACGGGUCACACUGCUCUCUCCCAAAGCUUGCUGGGAAAGAAAGCAUUCACAUGUGGAAGACGUGACAGUAAAUGGGACAAAAUACCUCAAAGUCCACUGGACAAAAUUUCCACCAUAGUGUAUUCUUCACGCUUGGUCAGGGAUCCGCGUCUGUCUAGACAAGAAGCAAAACGGCAGACCGACUGCUCAGAGGCCGAGGCACCGUGGGAUAAUACAAACGGCCAACGAGCCUGUCAAACCCAAGAGGACAAUUAUGGAUUUGCUGGAAAUAAGUGUGAUUCAAAAGAGCCAUCAAACAUUGACCAGAUGGAAGUUCAAAGAGAAAAUGGCUGUUCCUUAAAAUCCACAAUGAAUGAUCAAUGUGUGCCCAUCCCAGCAUUGCCCUCAAUGAAGUUAUUCAAAAUGAAAUUCCAGAAAUAUGCUGCAUACUUUAGACUGAAUGAGGAAGAGAGACAUCAAAAAAUCUGGUCACAAGAAAACAUGUCACCAGAACAAAAGCAAGAACUAGCUGAUCGUAUACAUUUCUAUGAGGUUUAUUACGAGAAGUAUAAAAAGGGCAUACUCUUUCAAAAAAUCAUUGAGACAAAGGAGACCUCCAGUCUGUCUCAAAGUGAGCCCAAAGAAGAUCAAGUUUUACAGACAAAACACACAGACGAACAGAAUCAGUCCGAACAAGCACAACCACGCGAUGCUGCAAGUUUGUCAGAUUACAAUGAUUUUGUUAACGGGGAUAAAUGGAGCACAACACACAUUUAUGAGACCAAACAUCCAGAUCAUCCAGAACCCAGCAUAGAAAUAAAGGGACAGGAUCACACGCUGCCAGAGACUCAUCAGGAGGAUCCCAAUGGAUGUCUGAUUCAGUCUCCAGACAAACUUUCAGAGCAACCCUUGGUGCUGGGGUCACUGAGUCUCAAUGAAAAAGCUGAUAGACCAAGUGUUCAGUUUGACCUUAAGCACCCGAGUCCCUCUAAUGAAGCUACGCUUAAUCACAGCAAUGAGUGUGAGUGUGAGCUUUCCAGAAGUGCAGGAGAGGACGAGCAGGACAAUGGAUCUGCUCCCGGGGUUAAUUUGAAUGAAAGGCCCGGCACUAAAUCAUCCCUUGUGUAUACAAACAACAUCAUGGAUAUUGCAAGCUGUGUCGAGGUCUCUAGCUGCGAGGCAUCAGACAACUGUAAUCUCAAAAGUUGCAGCAGUGUUCAAGAGAUGGAUUCUGUUAGACCGGAAAAAUGCUGCAAACUCUCUGAAACAUCUCCAGAGCUCGAGAUGGAAACAGUACAGCUGGAAACUCUGUACAAAAGACUUCAACUUGAUCAGCUAUUGCCAAGCAAAAAUCAAAAGCAUGUUUUCUGCUCAAGGGCUUACCUUACACCCAGAGUUAUGGGCAGACCCGCAGACACCAUUUCCAUGGCAAAAAAUUUAAGCAAACAUCACAGCAAAGCUGAAACAAACCUAGACACAAGAUGCUCGAUAAAUCUCCAUCUCUUAGUUAAUCUAAAGGCCAACGAAACGUCUGCUUAUAAAAGAGAAAUGCUUUCUCUCUCUGAACGAUUUUCAAAAAUCAAAGGCCUUCAAAAGAAGUUGAGUGCAAGAAACAGCAAAGUGACCCAAAUCUCACUCUCUAAAGAGAAGCAAAUAUCUCAAGAAGACACAUUUUUGGAAAGCAAAGAAGAAUCUUUGCAGAAGAAUUGUGUCAGCUAA